GGUGUCCCAAUCAAUGUGGACAGGGGCUUCGGUUCUGGAUCAAUGUUCAUUGGGGGGACGAACACCACUUCAAGUGAUCCGGCAUGCUCUGAGGAGGAGUGGUCAGAUGGGAACAUUGACAUAGCAGAGUUGGGGAAAGAUAGGUGUCCAAGUCAAUGUGGACAGGGGCUUCAGUUCUGGAUCAAUGUUCAUUGGUAUUUGUUUGUGUUUGUUGCUGUUCGUUGGUGUUCGAUGGGGUUCGUGCUGCUGUAUGGACCUGUGGAUGUCCAAAUUAGGUCGAUUGCAGUGGUCCUAGGGGGGACGAACACCACUUCAAGGGGUCCAGUGCGCCAUGAUGGGGAGUGGUCAGACAGGAUCAUUGGUUGUAUUACCAGAUAUGCAAUUGACAUAGGAGAGUCAGGGAAUAAUGGUCGAUUGAGGUGGUCCGAGGGGGGACGAACACCACUUCAAGUGAUCCGGCAUGCUCUGAGGAGGAGUGGUCAGAUGGGAACAUUGGUGAGUCAGGCAAAGAUGGUCGACUUUGGUGGUCCUAGGGGGGACAAACACCACUUCAAGGGUCCAGCAUGCCAUGAUGGGGAGUGGUCAGACAGGAUCAUUGGUUGUAUUACAAGACAUGCAAUUGACAUAGGAGAGUCAGGCAAAGAUGUCAAUGUGGACAGGGGCUUUGGUUCUGGAACAGUGUUCUUCAGGUCAAUUGCAAUUGAGCUAGGGGGGAUGAACACCACGUCAAGCAGCCCAGCAUGCUCCAAGGGGGAGUGGUCAGAUGGGAACAUCAGAAUGUUAUAA